AUGGCCCUGCUAUGCUUGGCGACGAUGUCCACUGGGUGCGGCGGGUGCACGGACGACGACAGGACGACGCUGCUGGACAUCCGCGGCCACAUCUUUUACGUACCACCUGAGGUGGACUGGAGCAGCAGAGAUUGCUGCGAGUGGGACGGGGUGACCUGCAGCUCCCGCACAGGUCGUGUCACGGGCCUCGACCUGAGCAUAAUUAGGAAUGUUGCCUUGGGGCGCAUCAACGCCACUAUGUUCCUUCCUUUACAAGAGCUGCGGAAUCUGUCCCUGAGCCACCUUCAGAUAGAAGGAUGCACGCCCGACGCAGGCUUUGAAGUAUGGUCAAAUUUGCGCAAUCUAAAAAUUCUGGAUUUAUCCGGUAGUACCGGAUCAUUGGAGAGUUCCAUCCUAUCCUUAACCAAAAUUUUAUCACUACGGUCCCUAUUCCUCAACGGGAAUCACUUCACUUCGAAUGUGACAAUACAACAACUCAGCAUAAUGAAGCUGCAUACUCUUGAUAUAAGCAAUAAUGAUAUCCAAGGCUCCUUACCAACAGAUAUUUGCAAUAUGAGAGGUCUUCAAGUGUUAUAUCUCGGGGGUAAUGUUUUAUCAGGAGAACUACCGCCAUGCAUGCAAAAUCUAACUUCUCUCAGAGUUAUCGAAUUAUCGAAUAAUAACGGAUUAAUAGUGAAGUUUCCCUCUCUUAUCUUUGAAAAUCUCACAUCAUUGGUGAAACUUUCACUCUUAAGUAUCUCUCUUGAAGGAGUUCUCUCACUUAAUUCCUUAAGAAGUCACAGCCAAUUGACUCAUCUAGAACUUGGAAGCACCGGUAGCCAAUUUCAGGUGCAAACUGAAAAUCCAGCAACACAUAUGUCAGCCCAGCUUCAGGUUCUAGUACUUCCAAAUUGCAAACUUAAUGGAAAUUCAUCUCUUAUACCAAGUUUCUUGUUUCAUCAACAUGCACUAAAGUCAGUUGAUAUGUCUAACAACAACCUAAGUGGUUACUUCCCCUUAUUUUUGAUAGAGAAUAAUGUCAACCUAUCACGCCUUGUUCUAAGAGGUAACUUAUUUUCAGGUCCUUUUCUUCCAUCCAAAGUACACACCAAUUUGCUUUGGCUGGAUGCAUCUUACAAUAGGCUAAACAAAUUACCUGUGGACAUCAACAACACGUUACCAAAUCUAGAGUAUCUAGCCUUAUCAAGGAACUAUUUCCAGGGCAUCUUUCCUUCUGCCUUUAGCUACUUGGAUAGUCUGCAAUUCUUAGACUUGUCUUAUAACAAUUUCUCAGAUAACAUUGGGGCCGCUUUUUUUGGAAGUAUGUCAAACAUCACCGCAUUGAAACUCUCUGGAAAUCAUUUCUAUGGUUCAUUCCCUCGGGACAUAGUAUUACCUUCCAUUUUACAUCUACUGGUAGAUGAUAAUGAAAUCACGGGGGAAUUUUCCCAGAUGAUAUGUGGCAGCCGAUUUCUUAUGACAUUUGAUGCUAGCAAUAACAAGUUGACCGGCACUCUCCCUACCUGCAUAUCCUCAUUCACGGAACUUUGCAUUUUGAAUUUAAGAGGGAACUCGCUGGUAGGCUCGAUUUCGUCAGAUGUAUGCAACCUCAAAGUACUUACGCUUCUGGAUGUUUCAAGAAACAACCUUUCUGGUCCGGUGCAUUGCCUACCAGAUGUGUAUUAUCUCCAUAUGAGUGAAAACCAAUUUAAUGGAACAUUUCCAAUUCCAUUGUCGGCAUCUAACAUAUAUACAAUGGAUCUCCGAGAAAACCAAUUCAGUGGUUGUCUUCCAAAGCUGAUAAUGGAUUCCUUUCCCAAGUUAAAAGUAUUGUUAUUAAAACACAAUACGUUCGAAGGGGCAGUUCCUUAUGGUAUAUGCAAACUGAAGCAUUUGCGUCUACUAGAUCUUUCUCAUAAUAAGCUAUCUGGACAACUGCCUUCAUGCUUGCACGUUAUGGGAUCUGAUGACACUUUAUUUGACUUCCAUCCUGAUUUUGGAGAUUUUCCGAUCCUAUUCAAUGUCAUAGGGCUACCAAUCCAAGAGGAAUUCAUGACCAAGAAUAGGGAGGAUUAUUAUAAGGGAAACAUACUCAACUAUGUGACUGGACUUGAUUUCUCUUCGAACCACUUGAAAGGAUCCAUUCAUGAAAGUAUAGGUAGCAUGAAAUGGUUAAGAGCAUUGAAUUUUUCAGACAAUUACUUGGAUGGAUCAAUACCACAAUCCUUAUCAAAUUUAAGUGAUCUCGAGAGCUUGGAUCUCUCACACAACAACUUGGAAGGCCAUAUACCUUCAGAGCUAGUAGCAUUACAGGCCCUUGAAGUGUUCUCAGUGGCACACAACAAUCUGUCUGGUCCUACACCGGGAACAAUGGGGCAGUUCCUCACAUUUGAUCAGAGCAGCUAUGAAGGUAAUCCAAAUCUCUGUGGCCCACCGUUGCUAAAGAGUUGCUUUGUGGCGUCGGUUCCUGAGCUUGAAGAACGUGGAGCAGAUGAUGACAGAGUUGGUGAUAUAAUUCUGUUUGGAUGUUCAGCAAUGUUUUACAUGGUUGGUUUCUGGACGUCCUUGGGUGUGCUUUACUUCAAGACAAGCUGGCGAUGGUCAUGGUUUUCUGCCGUGGACAAGUUCAGCAAUUUUGUAAUCGUUAAGUUGGCUAUAUACACAAGAAAGAACCGAAGCACCAAUUGA